UUCAGGGCUCAAAACCAAGGAUUGAUUUCACGGGGCACAGGGACACAGGCGUCCAGUCUUCUCGCUCGUCCUGUCCCUGUCCGGACUCCUGAGUGAGAUUCUAGCUGGGAUCGUUCCAGAGGAGAUUGAAGUUCUAGGCUUCUAGCUAGGGAUCGUUCAAAGGGGGGAAUCUCUCUGAGCAGCACACUCUCUUUCUCCCACUCUCUGCUUCGCCGAGCUCCAACACCUAACACAUCCUCGCCGGAAGGGAAGAAGAAGAAGAUGGACGGAGACGGCGACAUGAUCCCAUCUUCGCCCUCUGCGGAGACGUCGCCCUCCUCGUCCGAUACCGCCACCGAGUCCACGGGGUCGUUCUUUCGGGACCGGAGCACGACGCUGGGGACGCUGAUGGGCGUGUCCCUCGCCGACGAGGAACCGGGGCAGGGCCAGGACCACCACCAGCCGGAGCGGGAUGCAGGGGAGGGAACGGAGACGCCGCGCGCUCCGGCGCACGAGGGUGAGGGGUGGAGGUGGCGCGGGAGGUGGAGGCGCCGGCGCUGGCGCAGCGCCGGCGGCGGCGGCGGCGGCUGGUGGAGGCUGUGCAGGGAAAACCGGAUCCGCUAG